AUGUAUCGUGCCAUUGCCGUCCCCAGACAUGUCCCAGCGACGGUUGGACGGGGCCUCGUACGGUCUUCUCGCAGGCGACUAGUCUCCACUACUACCACCAGCACCUCCAAUUCUUCAUCUGGUCCCAAUCCCGCGAAAAACAUCGUUCGCAAGAUUUUAUUCUACACCGUAGCAACGACGGGCACGUUCUACAUCGGUAGUACAUUCGUUUCCUUCGAGAACCAACAGUACCGUGAGCUGUUCACGGAAAAUGUUCCUCUGGGGAAGGAACUCGUAGAGUAUGGCGAGUCGCACAAUUGGGAUGAGGUUACCGUUGAACAGGUGGUGGUGGCUACUGUGGACGCCUACAAGAAUGUCUACAACUUCGCACAGCGGCAGCUGGGUAACGCGCCCACCGAGGAAACAUCUGAAAAGACUGCCAAUUCAGCACUCAAGGAGUCCAAAGAGCGCGUAAAGUCUGCCGUAGCAUCCCUCAAGACCGCUGUGAAGAAAGUGGAGGAAGAGAAGGUCCCAGAAGCAACCGCGAAAGCGAUGGCCAUUGCACGACACCACGGUGCAGAGUUCGCUGAUGAGCUGGACGACCUGAUCCACAAAGCAGAAGCGGCCAUUGCUGGGAAACCUGUUGAAUCUCUUCCUAAGGCGACAAUCACCCCGGCUCAGCCCGCCUCCUCUCCUGCAGAUACUAUCUCACUACGCGACGACACCGACCUUAUAAUCGUGUCGGACAAAAAUACAAAUAAUGUCAUUGUUUAUGCGGUACCGCUCCCUAUUGGUUUCGAGCCCCCACCCGGCUAUGAGCGCCCCGCACCCCCAAAGCCUGCCCCGAAGGCCCCUGCGGAACCCACUCCUGUGCCGCUCCCUCUUGUUGCUCCAGCCGUGUCUGAAGUUGCCGUAUCUGAACCCGUGAUUACCCAGCUCGCAUCCACGAUUGACAACCUCGCCUCGUUCCUUGCUUCCAACCCUGCUGCCUCCGAAAAGGCCAAAGACGUCCUUGAGAUCGCCAAAGGUGACCUCACUGGUCUCGCCGCCCGUAUUGAAAAGAUAAAGGAGGACGAGAAGCUUCAGCUAGAGAUGAAGCUCGACGAACAAGCACGGGAGUAUACCACAAAGCUUCUCGAGCUUGAGCUUGAGGCGCAGGAUAAAUUGGAUUCGCAACAAGAGGGUUUCAGGACAUUCUACGACCAGGAGCGUGCGAGGUUCUCACAGGUGUACCGCGAGAAGCUGGAGCAGGAAUUACGCACACAGACAGAACUUAUCAAUGAGCGAUUGAAGGAGGAAGUGAUUGCACAGGGCAUAGAGAUGCAGAGACGGUGGAUCCGCGAGGUCAAAGUCCACGUGGAGCAAGAACGCGGCGGUCGUCUCGCCAAGCUUGACGAGCUUGCGACAAACCUCAAGCGCCUUGAACGUCUUGCACUCGACAAUUCCUCCUACCUCGAUGAGAAUAUUCGCGUACACAGCAUGUGGACCGCCCUCCGUGCUAUGCAGAGCGCUGUCGACGCAUCCACUCGCAAGCCAUUCCGUGAAGAGCUCCGUGUACUCCGACACAUCGCGGUCGCCAAGGAAGACGCGAUCAUCGCUGCAGCAUUGGACUCCCUCGAACAGAGCGAUAUGCCUGACAUCGGUGUCGAGCCAUUUGCAGACCUUGCAUCAUGGUUCAACACCACUGUGCGACCGCGCGUCUCGAGCGUCGCUUUGGUCCCUGAUCAGAAUGCAGGUGUGCUCACGCACCUGGCAUCGCAUUUCCUUUCCUCAUUUAGGUUCCAGCAACAAGGACUUGUUCCUGGGUCAGACGUGCUGAGUGUAUUGUCGAGAGCGGAUUAUCACAUGAAUGAGAAGGAUCUCGAUAGUGCUGCAAGAGAGUUGAAUCAAUUGAAAGGAACUGCAAGGGAGCUACUCCAUGAUUGGCUGGAAGCUGCACGGAGACGGCUGGAGGUUCUGCAGGCUCUUGAGGUGAUACAAUCACAAGCAACACUCGCAUCACUGCUUGUCGUAUAG